AUGGCCUCCCUAAUUGCGCGCCGUGCGUUCACCACCACUGCCCGCCGCCUGGCGACGGGCGAGGAGGCAUUGAAGUCCGAGUCGAAGCGGAACCCCGAGAUUAUGAUUCUGGGUGGCGUGAUGGUUGCCGCUCUCGCUGGUGCUGGGUACUACUUCGGCCGUACCCCGACCACGUCCACAUCCGAGAGCCCCGUUCCCCUCGCUAAGAACAGCAUGCCGUGGGAGACCAACUCGACGACACAGGGCAAAUACCAGUACCACCCCGGUGGUGACGCCAGCGCGGCCCCGAAGGACGCCCCCAGUGCUGUCAACGUCGUCAUUGUUCCUAACGUCUCGCUUCCCAAGGAACUUCAUGACAAGUGGAACAAGUGGGGCAAGGACGGCUAUUAA